AUGAACUUUUCAAAGAUAAACUUGAUUUUGGCAUUAUGCCUGCUGAGCGUUUUAUCGUGCUCUGUUUUUGUCAAAGCAACAACUUAUACACAAAGUAGUAAAGACGCCCCUACCGUAGAUCUCUCAGCUACCAAAAAACCACCUAGUAAUACUGCUGCACCCUCUGCCGAACCCUCUGCCGAGAAUCCUGCUACCGGUUCUUCUUAUCCUACCGGUCUUUCUGUUACUGUCACCGGUCCUGCUGCUAUCGUUCCUACUGCCACUCCUACUUAUGGUUGGAGUCACACUGCCCCAACUGGAUAUGCUCCUAGUGGUAGUAGUUCACCCACCCCUUCUAGUCCAGCUCUAACUCCUUCUGCAGGAAAUUCACUCCGUAGCGUAGCUGUCGAUAAUUUAAUAUACAUUGGUUUAUUUUUGUGUUCAGCGGCUUUUUACUUGAAUUUCUAA